AUGUCGGAUGCUCUUCUGACCAGAUCUAGAGAACGAGCUGUUACCCCCAACACGCCCACCACUUCAGUCCGAGUCGACCCCGAUGCUAUUGGAGUAGAUGUGGAGGACGCCACCACCAGCACCCCGUUCGGCGCCCCCGCUGCCACCGAUACUGAGGCCGGUGCCUGGGGCACUUCGGAUCUUCUACUCCCGACGAACAAUUUGUCCCUCCCAAGCUUGCGGCCAGUCAACAUCAUACCGUAA